CUGAAAGUUUUUGAAACUUCCCCAAAGCUUUAGGACUAUCUCCGGGCGCGCUCUUAAUCAAGGACUAAAAUUGGAUCCACGCCUUCAACCAAUAAAGAUUAUUUCCAAAUACUAGUUGCAAGCAGCGUUCUGUGUCGGACCAAAAAAAAAAUUACACUCCGACGAUGCAGGCGCGUUACCCCGUGUCAGACCCCAAUGCUCUGGGAGUCGUGCCUUAUCUCAGCGACCAAAAUUACUAUCGAGCCGCCGGCAGUUAUGGCAGUAUGCCCACCCCGAUGAGCGUGUAUUCGGGACAUGAUCAGUACACUACAGGUAUGGCGAGAUCGUACGGACCUUACCACCAUCACCAACAGCCGGCUCCCAAAGAUCUGGUCAAGCCUCCUUACAGUUACAUCGCCCUGAUAACUAUGGCAAUUCAGAACGCGCCUGAUAAGAAAAUUACUCUCAAUGGGAUCUAUCAGUUUAUCAUGGACCGUUUUCCUUUUUACCGCGAAAACAAACAGGGCUGGCAGAACAGCAUCCGCCACAACUUGUCUCUGAACGAGUGUUUUGUUAAGGUGCCUCGGGAUGAUAAAAAGCCGGGGAAAGGCAGCUACUGGACGCUGGAUCCGGACUCCUACAACAUGUUCGAGAACGGCAGCUUCUUGCGGAGGAGGAGGAGGUUUAAGAAGAAGGACGCGAUGAGGGACAAGGAAGAGCGGGACCGCCAGCAGAAAGAGCCGAAAGGGGGUCAGAACGUGGCCUCCCAGACCGACACCUGCAAGGACGGAGCGGAGAAAAAAGUGGUGGUGAAGAACGAAGCCAUGUCCCCCGGCAUGCCUGUCAUCACCAAAGUGGAAAGCUUAGAGAGCCCGGAUAAUAGUCCCCUGAUCCAAGGCAGCCCCAGGAGCGUCGCUUCCACGCCGUCAGUUUCUACAGAGAAUUCCAUUCCGGAGCCCAAUCCUGCAAAUAACAGUCUUUCCGGCUUUAGCGUGGAAAAUAUCAUGACACUAAGGACCUCUCCCCAAGGAGAUCUUAGCCCAGUGGCUGUGCCCUCCAGCAGGACUGGUAUGGGCUCCUCAUUGCCAGUGAAUUACCCUCAAACGCAACAGUCCAUCUACAGCCCAUCGUGUAACCAUAACAUGGACUCCAGUGGAAGUUACCAUUGCAGCAUGAGAACCAUGAGUCUGUACGCGGGGGACAGGAAUAACCAUAUGCUAGUGCCCACCACGCUGGAGGAUGCUAUCUCAGACCACGCUGUCAGCACUAGUUCCUCACUGAACGCAAUGAACCUGAGCACAGGACCGGAAGGUGUCCUAACCUCCAGCCACCAUCAGCAGACUGGGGGCGCAGGCCAAGCCGCUUCCUGGUACCUGAACCAGGGGGCAGAUCUCAAUCACCUCUCGGGCCACGCGUUCGGCAGCCAGCAACAGACUUUCCCCAAUGUCCGGGAGAUGUUUAACUCCCACCGGCUCGGCAUUGAGAGCUCAGCCCUCAGUGACCAUCAGGUGAGCGGGAACACAAGCUGUCAAAUUCCUUACCGAUCAACACCGUCAGUAUACCGUCAUUCAGGUCCAUACGCCUACGACUGCAAUAAGUAUUGAUUUAGAAACCGACCUAUCUAUCUUUUUUAAAAAAAAAUGUAUAUUGGGAGAUGAAAACAAAACUGCAAAAACAAUUUAAGACUGCACAUAAAAUGUUGACUGAGACUUUCCAAACUGCGUUGAGUGGCCAAGCAUGUGACGGAUUGUAGUUAGAAAGUGUGCAUAAGGAGCUUGAAAACUUAAAAAACACAGAAUUUGUUUAACAUUCUUAAAUUAAGGGAAACCUACUUGAAUAAUUAAAGUUCAGCAAGAUGGCAACUGCCAAAUGUAGGGUCUAAACUGUUUAAUGGACCAACAUUCUAGUGAUACCUUGUAUGUUCUGUUUAUGCAGUAUUUGUUUAGUACAAUCACGUUCCAUUUUCAACAACUAAGGAUUUUUUUUUCCUCCUGACAUUUUGUCCCGUGUUGAUGCGACUUUAUAUUUGAUGUAAAUUGUACGAUUUUCUAUGGAGGCUGCGUUACAGAGCCAUUUAAUAUAUUUUAAAGUUCAGUUCACUGGAUGCUGUUUUUUUUUAAAUGUUCCCCAGCCAUUGUAAAGUGCCAAAGCGUAACUGUUAUUCAACCUCAGUUUUAUAGUCAUGUGCCUUGUACAGUGUAAUUUUUAUUACGUUCAUAUCAUCGAUAUAUUUGCUCCGUUUAAAACCAAAGAUCUAAUUUAUUGGAUGCAUAAUAUUUUUCUAAAACUCGAAAUCUCUCUUUUUAGAAAAAAACAUGACAGUUCUGUAUCGCUGACCUAGGCCCCAGUGCGUUUGCACUCCUUCAAUCUGUAGUGGAUUCCUUUAAGAUCGUUUCCUUUCUGAGUUCAGUUGAUCUUAAUUUCUGUAUUUAUCUGAAAAAAACCCACAAUAAAUCAGUGUUUGUUUUUUUUUUGCCUUACGUUGAAGUGGCGUGGUGGAUUUUUGUUUUGGUCUAAUGCAUGCUGGUUUGUUAUUGGCCUUCUGUCUGAUGUGUGCAGAAUUUUCUGACCAUAACCGUGCAGGUCUCUGUUAAAUCUGCGAUCAAGCCCAUGCCCUACUUAUUGCAGAUUAGCUCACCAGGGUAGUAGCAAACUGCGCGGUUUACGGUAAAGUGUUGACCACAUCACACCAUGCCUUUACUGACAACUGUUAUGUUCCGAAGCUGCCAAAUAAGUGCCGAAAACUGAAAGCCAUUCCGCUUUUAAGCUUUGUAACAACCAAAAAAGCAAACUGAGAACAAACAAGUCUAUAACAGACAUGCCAAGGAUCUGAGGUGACUUUAUAUGUGUCUCAGCCCAUUCUUUAAAAGGCAGCUUCAUGCCCCGUGAAUGCAUUUUUAACUGUAAAUUGUUCAAAGGAGCCAGGUCAUUUGUUUGCCUCGAUUAAACUAUAUCUUUUA